AUGCGCUCUCAAUACACACCACUCUCAGCGCUUUUCCUGUUAUUACGCUCUAAGAAUGGAAUAAACUUGAGCAUAAGCCGUUUUUCGAGCCGAAAAUUUUGUUCCUCUGGUUAUGUCCCACGAUUUGUCUCUCUCACCGAUUUCCGCGAAACCAAUGUCCAAACCCCAGUUGGGGGUUCGGGGAAUAUCUGCAUAAACAUUCUACAGCCAGUAACGCAGUCGCCAUUUGAGCGCGCAACUGUAAUCCUCUACCUUCCUCCAGGGCCUCUAUUCUUAACCGGCCAAUUGGACAGUGCAGACAGUGCUGUUGACGAGACUGAGAGGCCCACCCACCAAGAUUGGUUUCCGUCACCACAGCAUGCCCUCUCUGCAACCACAUUAUCCACCGUUGUAACGGUCAACUACCGGGCCGGUCAGCAGGAUGAAUAUGGGAAACAAAAACGCUACUACUACCCUGGUCCCGUACACGAUGUAUUGGCAGGAUUUGACUGGAUUUUUGAAAAUCUGACAACAGAACGGCUAUGUGUGUUUGGGAGGCAUAUCGGGGGUUCUCUGGCUGUGAUGCUGGCGCUCACUGAGCCGAGAUCCAUUGCUGCUUUAGCUGCACAUGAGCCGAUAUGUGAUUGGACUAGCUUGGAUGAUUAUUGCUUGAAGACUGAUCCUGCAUGUGAAGAGGGUGUUGCUGUCAACGGGAACCAUAACAAGGGCAAUGUUAGCAAGGGAGAAAACGGGAUGCUAGUGGAGGAAACAGCUAAAAACCGCAGACGAAAGAGGAAAACCUCAGCUCCUCUACCAGAUCUCAUUCCCCUCCUCGAAGCCCGGAGAGCGUUGUUCCGCAGUCCAGAUAGUUAUUUUGACUCAUUUGCUUCCCCUGCCUUAUUUCUCCGCUCUGCAGGAAAAGAUACGCCCACGCUAUUCCCUGCGUAUCAUACAGGCCCAGACUACCCCAUUCCCGUGCUCAAAGUUUCCCCCAAAGAGAUAAUUAGCAGUCCGGACCCUACCCGAUACUUCCAAGGUCUGGACCCGGAUCUAGUACCACCACCUGUUAAUCUGGACUCUGACCCUGAGAUGCUUGAAAAUCCUGUCCGGCGCAGGAAAGCUCUGUCCAGAUGGCCACCCUAUGGCCUGGAACACACAGAAAGACCAGGGGUGAAACCUGCAGGCCUAUGGAGUACUAAACCUAACUUGCCACAUGUGCGUAUAUUCGUACAUAGUAACUUGGCUUCUGGUCCAGAGUUAGAUCCAGCUCCGGAGUCGGACGUGGAUAUUUUCGCGAAUACGGCUUUUUCUGCUGGGGAUAAGAAAUGGUGGACUGUUUCGAACUUCGGAGUCGGCAAUUUAGCUAGUCAAGUCGAGGAGCAGAUGGAACCCGACUGUGCACCGUCUACGGAAGAAGUCGUUCCAAUCCCAACGUCACCAUCCUCGUGUUCUCAACGCUCACGCAUUCCCCGUAAACGCACCCUAGAGGAUGACGGGGAAACGGUAUUGGCACGCCAGGGUGGGGAAAUGGUUUCUCUAAUGCGGAAUGCAUGCUUCUGGGGUCGAGAGAGGGGGUAUGCGGAGGAAAGGGUUAGAUAUGUGACGAUUCCCUUGUCGUUAUCUUCCGCUUUGUCUCAUGAUCCUAGCACUACUGAGUUAGGGAGACGUGAAAAUGGCGGGAAUGGAACGGAGGGAUAUACGAGUGACUUUCCCAGUGUUGAGGAGCGAGCUGGAAGAUACUUCUUCGAUAUCCUCGAGCGAAAGCCCGGGAAGAAACCGUGA